UUUGGUAAUUCCAGAAGCUAAACCCUAGGAAAGAACCAUAUAGAACCUCGCAGGGCCGCCUCCCUGAAAACCUUGUUGCAGAUCCAGGGCAAAAAUGUCGAAGCGAGGACGUGGUGGUUCUGCGGGGAACAAGUUCCGUAUGUCACUCGGUUUACCGGUGGCGGCGACAGUGAACUGUGCUGACAACACGGGGGCGAAGAACCUCUACAUCAUCUCAGUCAAGGGCAUCAAAGGUCGUCUCAACCGUCUGCCCUCUGCAUGUGUUGGUGAUAUGGUGAUGGCCACUGUCAAGAAGGGGAAGCCUGAUCUCAGGAAGAAGGUCAUGCCUGCUGUCAUCGUGAGGCAGCGUAAGCCAUUUCGCCGAAAGGAUGGUGUUUACAUGUACUUCGAAGAUAAUGCUGGAGUCAUUGUGAAUCCAAAGGGAGAAAUGAAAGGUUCUGCCAUCACUGGGCCUAUUGGAAAGGAAUGUGCUGAUCUGUGGCCGAGGAUUGCGAGCGCAGCGAAUGCUAUCGUGUAAUGACGCUGUGUGUGUCUUAUCAGUCUAAAUUUUGGAGGAGGCAGCUUGGUUUAGAGCAGUUUUUAUCUAUCGCAUUUCUGUAGUUCCCUCGUUCCGCGGCUUGUUUAUGGUCGGAUUUGAUUUUCACUAUAGUGUACUUGAUACUUGAGACUUGGGAUUUUUCUGCUCAAAUCUUUAUCAUUCAGUUAGUUUUGAUGAGAUACCUGUUAUCCUGAGCCUUGUGGUUGUGGUAUGAUUAAAAUGUUUUGAUACUUGGGUAAUCACCGGUUUCCAAAUAUUUGGUGCAGUUUCUUCGUA